AUGGUGCCUGAUAUCAAUGGCUUGAUGGGCCUUGGAGGUGGGCCAUUUUCAUUGCCGACUCAACUUCGGCUCCAAGGAUUGGCUGACAUGUUCAGUUAUUGCUUGCCGCCCAUUUCGAUUUUUGGGUCAACAGGUUGGUUGAAUUUCAGCCUUCCAGGUGCGGUGCUGCCAACAAAAACCGCAUGGAUCCCCUUGCUUCGCAACUCAAAAAUGCAGACCUCUUAUUCCAUCGAGCUCUCGGGCCUUGGGAUUGGAGACAUGCUACUGCCCAAUCCCCUAAACAGCUUCACAACGUCAAAAAAGGGCUUUGGAGGAGUGAUUAUUGAUUCGGGCACGACGUAUACCCACUUACCGAUGCCUGUUUACGAGGUUUUUCGUAAUGCUUACAUUGCAAAAACCUUAAAUCUUCCACGGCUCUCCUUUGUGAACCCCCUUUUUGACACGUGCUACAACCUAUCUGGCUUAGAGUCGGUUCAGGUUCCGAAUGUGUCAUUUUUCUUUUCAGCCGGUCCAAUCCUGACGUUGAAAAGAACAAACAUUCUAGUUGAGCAAGACCAUAGUAUUUUUGGUGAGAGCAUUUUCUGUUUGGCAUUUAUUCCAAUCAAUGAUACUAUAUUCAUUAUUGGGAACACUCAACUAGCGGGAAUCCAAACAACCUUCGAUCCAACUGCAGGAUAUAUGGGAUUUGGUCCGAGUACUUGUGGUACUCUAGAAAAUUCCCCACAUUGUCAUGGGCAUUGGCCUGCUAGGAGCAUAGCCUUAGAGAAUUCUCCAAAUCCAUUAUUGUUGUUUCCUGGCCUUCCCUCCGGUGACCUCCAUUUUUCAGUUGUUUGCGCUCCGCCGCUCAAAAUCUCUUCCACGCCUUCAUCGCAGCCUCAUAUGGGAAAAUUUUAUCCCAGUUCAAUGCUUGCGAGGUAUAGAUCUACCUAUGGAAGAUCCGCCGCCAUUGCCCUUUUCCGGUGA